AUGGGCCAAGACGAAGUCAAGAAUGCCUGUAUUGACCUGGUGACCGCCGCAAAAGUUCCGUUGGCUGUACUGGACUCAAAAGGCUUUAAAACAUUAACAGCUCAAAUAUUUAGUGGCUUGGAUAUGAUAGUCGACGAGAAAUACAGGCAAAUAAAAUGCGAAAUUGGGGAACGCAUUAAAAACAGAAUCCUCUGCCUUAAAAUGGACACGGCCACAAGAUGCAAUCGCGGUAUUCUUGGUGUUAAUGUGCAAUUCAUCGAUCGCGGUGUAAUAUGCGUAAAAACUUUGGGCAUGAUCGAAUUGAGAACAGCGCACACAUCCCAAAAUCUUUGCAACGAAAUAAAGACCAUAUUGGCUGAUUUCAGCAUUACAAAGGAACAAAUUUAUACCAUCACGACAGAUAAUGGUCGAAACAUGGUCAAGGCAGUGGAACUGCUAAGUAGUUGCGAGGCAGAUGGGGAUGACGAAGACGAUUUGGACGAUGAAGAGCUGCUAAAGAAUUUAAAAAUUCACUCAAUUAGCUCUAUAAAAUGUGCAGCACAUACCCUUCAACUAGCUGUUAAGGAUUUUUUACAACGCCUCGAAUCCUUUGAUUUCUUCGAAAAAGCACGACGAAUUGUGAAGCUUUUAAGAACGCCGGCGUACAGGUAUUUGUUAACGGAGGAGUCAUUGCCACAACCAGUGCUAGAUGUUGCGACACGUUGGAACUCAACAUACACCAUGUUAAGCAAGCUGCAACAAUUUGAGGAGUUUUGCGAACGGCGUCUUAAAAGUUCAAUGAAAUUGACUUCAUCAGAGUGGGGUGAUUUAAAAAGGCUUGUUAAUACUCUGGAGCCGGCGUACUUCGCCACAGAAAAGCUGCAAAGCACUCAGUUGUUCAUGGGUGACUUCUAUAUAUUAUGGAUGGAGCUUAAGCUCACCGUUUCAGCAGCAAAUACCACAGAGAGUCAAGCUUUGAGCCAGUGCAUCAGUACUAGUCCAAUAGCACAGCCUUGCUCUAGAAAAGAUAUCGCAUCAACUUCCUUCGUGGCAGAGAAUGCAUUGCUUUCGCAAAACUCAAACACCUGCUCGCUGUUAAAUGAGUUCUUGCAGACCAUUGAGGUUACUUCAGAUGAUGAAACUGAAGAUGGCGGGCCAACUGAUGAAAUUAAGAAGGGAUAUGCAGAAAUUGACGGCUAUAGCCCAAAGCCAAUUUGCUUGACCUCCAAUAUUAUGGAGUAUUGGGAGGAAAAGCGAUUUCUAUACCCAACUUUAUACCAACUGGCCAAAGUGGUACAUUCGGUUCCUGCAACACAAGAAAUUGCUGUUGAUGCUGAACAUUGGAGUCCGCCAGGAGGAGGCCCACAAGCCAUUAAAAUGACUGGAUUUUAUUCAUCCUUGGAUGGAGGCGCCUUGCCAAGGCACCGCUACUGCCUCACACUGCGGGAUGCAGUGCCGCUGGAGCUGUUGAAUGCCGAGGAGGACGUCCAUGUGUUGCAUACAAUUGGCUUCGAAUUGACUUCGAAUUGA